GUGGGGGCCGGGGAAGUUUGCUCGCCGCUGCUAGUGCUGCGAUACCGAGCCGGGCUCCAGCCCCGAGGACCAGGGGUCAGGCGGGUCGGUCUACGGAACCCCACGGGACCUCAGCCGUCGUCUCAAAUCCUUCUGCUUGGAAAAGUGUUUAAGCUUCUAAAAUGUCAUCUGUCAAGCACCUGGUUUAUGCAGUUAUUCGUUUCUUACGGGAACAAAGUCAGAUGGAUACUUACACCUCAGAUGAACAAGAAAGUUUGGAAGUUGCAAUUCAGUGCUUGGAGACGGUUUUUAAGGUCAGCUCAGAAGAUACACACCUAGCAGUUUCACAGCCUUUGACAGAAAUGUUUACCAAUUCCUUCUGUAAGAAUGAUGUUCUGCCCCUUUCAAACUCAGUGCCUGAAGAUGUGGGAAAAGCUGACCAAUUAAAAGAUGAAGGCAAUAACCACAUGAAAGAAGAAAAUUAUGCUGCUGCAGUGGAUUGUUACACACAGGCAAUAGAAUUGGAUUCCAAUAAUGCAGUUUACUAUUGCAACAGGGCUGCUGCUCAGAGCAAGUUAGGUCAUUAUACAGAUGCAAUAAAGGAUUGUGAAAAAGCAAUAGCAAUUGAUUCAAAGUACAGCAAGGCCUAUGGGAGAAUGGGGCUGGCCCUCACUGCCAUGAAUAAAUUUGAAGAAGCAGUUACAAGUUAUCAAAAGGCAUUAGAUCUUGACCCUGAAAAUGAUUCCUAUAAGUCAAACCUGAAAAUAGCAGAACAGAAGUUAAGAGAGGUAUCUAGUCCUACAGGAACUGGGCUGAGUUUUGACAUGGCUAGCUUGAUAAAUAAUCCAGCCUUCAUUAGUAUGGCAGCAAGUUUAAUGCAGAACCCUCAAGUUCAACAGCUAAUGUCAGGGAUGAUGACAAAUGCCAUUGGGGGACCUGCUGCUGGAGUUGGGGGCCUAACUGACCUAUCAAGCCUCAUCCAAGCGGGACAACAGUUUGCUCAGCAGAUACAGCAACAAAAUCCUGAACUUAUAGAGCAACUGAGAAAUCACAUCCGGAGCAGAUCAUUCAGCAGCAGCACUGAAGAGCAUUCCUGAUUGACCAGGGGCUGAAGCCCAGGAUACAAAUAGUUUAUGGCUAUGAAUGAAGUAUUUGUUGUAGAUACUACCCCCUCCCUCCUUCAAAAAACCAAACACCAUAUCUGAUGUUUGAAAAUAAUGGAGGAAAACCUCUUGUGUAUAUUCUUAAAGAAUAAAUCCAUUUAGACAAUAGGUUUAUCACAAACAGACUCAAAACAUAACAUGACUCCUUUGGAAAUGAUCACUGGCCUUGUUAAGUGCCAAUACAGCACUGGGAUAAGAUUCCAUUUUCAAACUUCUAUCAUAUUUGUAUAUUAGAUUUAAUAGCAAAGUAUAUUUAUUGAACUCUAGUAGGGCUAUUUGUUGGUAAGCUCUUUAGCUCCAAUUUCCCUUAAGCAAAGUUUUUUGAGAGGGGAAAUGACCCAAAGGAAAGGUUUCCUAUGCUGGUUGAGAAGGCAUGUACUUGCCACCAAGCAGUAUGUCAGGAGAGAAGGAAUAUUAUCUAGGUUUAGCUUUGAUAAGUACUAUCAGCAAUGAAUAAAUAACAUGGGAACCAAUAUCUUUACUGUUGCUUGUUCUGGCAAACAGGGAAUCAUAAAAGCUGUUAGGAAGUAGCACUUGAUGCAAGGGAUGUUUUGAAAAGAACAAAAUUGGUAAUGUGAUUGUAUAAGAAAGUAAAGGUAGGAUGCUCAGGUUUUCUGCAUAGUUCUUAACUAAUCUUGUCUGCAGUUUGGGAUUGGUGACAUUAGCAUGGCCACACUUUCGCUAAAUACACAAUAAGAUACAGUUAGAAAUCCUUAAUGCACUGGAUAGGUCAGUGAUAACACUGACUUAACUAUCACAAUUUCCCUAGUGGUAACCUUACCUUGGAAACUAUCAAAUAUAACUAUGGCAGUGACUUGCUCCUAAGUUAAGGAUUUUCUAAGUGGUAUUUAAUUGUGUGCCCAUAAACACUGAUUUUUUUUUUUAAAAGAAAACUUAGUAAUUAUUUGAUGGAUAACAAAAAACAUCAUCUAUCACUAACACUGCUUGUUCAUGUUAUCUGUGAUAAUUUGGCUUGGCAUGCCAGUCUUAUAAUUAACAUAGUUUAAAUUUGAUGCAAUUUAAAUAUAACAAGAGACUUAAAAUCUUUAUUAUAAAUUAGAUGCCAUAUUAGUUAGUGGAGAACAAAGGAGCAUUAGGCAUUAAUGGCAUGGGUCUAACUACAGUGAGGGUGAGAGUUUAAAUUCCAAAUGGAAUAUAUUUUUUGUUUAUUAAUCAUGAAAUUGGUGCUGACAUGUAAUGACUUCACAAGUUUUGUGAGGGAAAACUGAAAAAGGAAGUAAUAUAAAUUUUGUGGGGUUUUUUUUGAGAUGGAGUUCUACUCUGUUGCCAGACUAGAGUACAGUGUUGUGAUCUCAGCUCACUGCAACCUCCACCUCCUGGGUUCAAGCAAUUCUCAAGCCUCAACCUCCUGAGUAGCUGGGAUUAUGGGUGCCUGGUACCACAUCCAGCAAAUUUUUUUUUUUAAUGAUGGGGUUUCAUCAUAUUGGCCAGGCUGGUGUUGAACUCCUGACCUCAAAUGAUCUGCCCACCUUGGCAUCUCAAAGUGCUGGGAUUACAGGUGUGAGCCACUGUGCCUGGCCAUGAAGUAAUAUAAAACUAAAUUAGUAAUAAUGCAGAUGAUCAGGACUCAUGGAACCAUUAUCAAAAGACUAAUUGGCCUUGCACAAUGGUUCAUUCCUGUUAUCCCAGCACUUUGGGAGGCCGAGGCAGGCAGAUCACCUGAGGUCAGGAGUCUUGAGACCAGCCUGGCCAACAUGGUAAAACCCUGUCUCUACUGAAAAUAACAAAAAUUAGCCUGGUGUGGUGGCGGGUGCCUAUAAUCCCAGCUACUUGGAAGGCUGAGGCAUGAGAAUCGCUUGGACCUGGGAGGUGGAGGUUGCAGUGAGCCAAGAUUGCGCCAACAUACUCUAGCCUGUGUGACAGCAAGACUCCAUCUCAAAAAAAAAGAAAGAAAAAAGACUAUUUUGUAUCUUGACGUUUAAAAACCAACUUUUCUCUUUCUCCUUUGUGACAUUAGAGCAGUAGUUCUAUAACUUCAUUGUAAGAAUCAUCUGGAGAAUUCAUUAAAGAUGCAGAUUCAGGGCCACAUGUUCAAUUCUAAUAUGGUAGGUCCUGUAAUAAGGCCUAGGAAUGGCCAUUUUAAACAGUACACUAGGUGGUUUUGAUAUAGAUCCAAGGACUCUAAUCUAGAGGAACACUAGAGGUUUCUCAAUUAGACUUGUAGACACCUAAGCACCUGGGCUAGAGCUACAAUGAAGAUCUGUAGAUAUAUAGUUCUGUAGAAUUUAAAAAGAGCAGAAUUUAAGUCUUAGGCCCUCAGAAGUUAAAUUCGUAUUCCAUCUAAGCCAACUUCACUUUUCACUAAGUUAGAAUGAAUUCCUAGUAUUCCAGUAUUAAUACAGAAUGAAGUACUACUACUAAUCACAUAGAAGUUAUUACUGUGAUAUAAAAAAGAAAUAGAUCCUUAAUUAAAAAUUAGUCAUUCAUAUUCGGUGUUGAAUAAGAAGUUUCUAGCGUAACUAUCUUGAGUGCAUUAAAAAUGCUUAUAGAGCAAUAAGAUAAGCUACAAAUUAACAGUAACAGAAAUGAAACGGGAUACACUACAGUCACUAUAGGUAUUAAAAGGCUAACUAGAAAACACCAUGACCAACUCAAGGAUUGUAUAUUUAACAACUUAGAUGAAACAAAUUCUCUAUAGGAUACAAACUAGAAAGCUCACUGAAGAAAUAGAUAAACUAAAUAGACCCAUAUUUAUUAAGGAAAUUGAGUUUGUGUUUAGGUUAAAAACCUUCCUGGAAAGAAAACUACAGGCCCAGAUAACAUCAAUGAUGAAUUUUACUAAACACUUAAGGGAGAAAUAAUACCAAUUCUAAACAAUCUCUUCUAAGAAGUAGAGGAGGAGGAAACACUUCCCAACUCAUUUUAUUUGGCCAGUAUUACCCAGACAAAGAUACUAUAAGAAAAAAACUGUAAAACAAUGUCUUCAUGUGCUAACAUCUGUAGUUAAGUUAGCCAUUCUUUUUAUAUGAAAUAAUGGGAAUUGGUGUAUUUCUUUGAUUUCAUUUUUCUGUGUUUCUUUGCUAAUGUACCACCUGUAACAAAUUCAAUCUAGAUGCUAUCUGUCCACUUACAUACAUUUUCAUUCUAUUCAAGCCAUUUUUGCUCUUCAAGUAACUUCAUCGCUUUGGAAUCACAGCAUUGCAAGCUAUUUCAAAAUAGUUGUUUUGCGUGGUUGGAUUGUGCUAGCUACUUUUAAAUUUACAACAAAUGCCCCACAUAUUUUCUUGCUUGUCUGGGAAAUAUAGUUGCUAUCUAACCGAUAAAUAAGAGGGCAUUAUUAAAGUAACUCUUUAAGCAUUCUAUUAAAUGUUUGACUUCCAUUAAUCAUAUUUCUUGUAGUAGCUGUAGCUAUUAUACUAUGUAAAACAGAACGGGUUCUCUAUAUGCAAAUGUUUUCAUUUAAUGUACCAAAUUGUGUAUCUAACUUUUAUAAUAUAGGUUAAACAGACCCUUUCUAAGACGGCAUUAUCUAAUCUUUAAAGUAUGAAUAUGUGUCCAAGUUAUUGUUUAUAAACAGAAGAGACUAUAAUUAAAAUAUAGAGCAGAUUCCAAGUGACCAUCAUGUCACUUUUAAAAUUUGAAACAGAAUGAAACAGAAGAUUCAGUCAUAAGAAGAUGCUUGAAAAACAAUCCAAGUAUCCAGUGCAGUGGCUAUAAAAUGUUAUUUCAUCAUUUAAUCAAUCUUAAUCAUUUUGAGACAGAGACUUCAAUUUUACACUGCUUGCACUUUAUUUUAUACAGACAUUUCAUUAAUUAUUAUGAGUGCAAACCUUCUGAAUAUAGCUUUCAUUCAAACAAUUUGUCAUGGCAAUAAAUAAUUAUGCAUUGAAAAACCAA